AUGGCGAGCAUCUGCAAAAAGGGGCCAAAGAGGCGGCCCCCUGGGGUGAGUGGAGCGACGCGUGCCUGGGGUCCCCAACGUCUUCUGUCUUUGCCCCCCACAGCCUCCCAACAGAGCUGGCUGAGCAGGAACGGGCGCGUUGCCAGCCGGGCAAAGGGGGGCACCAUGCCUACCCGGGGGCGCCAGCUCUGGCUCCAGCUCCAGAAAAGCUUCCGACGUGCUGUGGAAAAGAUCAAGAACGAGGAGAUGAAGCUGGCCCACCUGAGCCACGGCCUGCAGCGCAUGGGCCGCAUCACCCUCCUCCACCCUGUGCGCCACGUCACACACGAUUGUCUCAAGAAGGUCUUCGUGGUGCUCGACACGGAGAGUAGCCUGCAUUUGUACAAAGAGGACGGCUUCUACGUGAGCAGCCGGCGAGGCCCCAUGGCCAUGAUGGGCCUGCUCUAUGCCACUCAGGCGGACCACUUUGUGGCCUGGCACGAGGGUGGUCUCUGGGUGCUGGACUCUGGCUUCAAGGUGCUCUCUGAGGUGCAGUCGGCCCUGCCCAUCAGCUGUGGCCUCUACAGCCAGCUGCUCAACCGCAUUGUGACAGCCGGCCAGGGCAACUUGGCCAUCUGGGCCUUCCGCGGUGGGUACCGAAGCCUGCAUUGCUGCGUCACGGUAAGUGAGGGCCUGGGCCCCGGAGACGUCUUCAGCCACCUGGCCCUGGACACCAGCAGGACUGAGCCCCAGCGGUGCUUUGCCUCGUGUGACACGGGGGCGGCCGCCUUUGACCUCUCCAGGGGAACCCUGAUAUCCUUCAAGACAAAACUUCACAGCAGGACAAUCACAGACAUUGUCUACUGCGAAGUGGUGGGGAGCCCCGUGACGGCCUCCCGGGACACGACCAUCAAGGUCUGGGACGAGACGUGGCACAUCCGGACGGUCUUUGUGGGACACACGGUGCUCAGUCUUGACAAACCGGGGCAGCUGCUGGCAGUGAGCCCCUCCUCCUCCCUGGCGUGCCCCUUUCUGGUCCCCCCUCGGGGGCGUUCAGUCCCCUGGCAGGGAAGUUGCACAUGCUGGAGCCGGUGGAAAAAUAACAGCCAGCCCCUGGGAGGGAGCUACUGGGCUAUGGCGGGAAUGGCCCUCUGCCGAAGGGCCCAGCUAGCCAUUCCCGAGCCAUCCAAGCGUUGGCUGGAGGUUCCUCAGCUCGGUCCCUGUGCAGGCACGCAGCGGCUGCAGGGGAUGGCUGAUAAAAGUAAAAAGAGGAGAACCAGCCUGGGCCUUCCGGGGGUGGUGGUGGUGGUGCGGUCGGCGGAGUUGGCGGAGUUGGAGAUCCGGAACCGCGACCUGCUGCUGCUCCAGAAGGGGAGCGUCUGUGCGGCCAAGAAAGUGCGCCCCACCAAAGCCACGCGGGCGGAGGCCUUUGAGCUGUACCUGCGGUUGUUCUACAAGCAGCAGCCCAAAGUGAAGAUCCCCGAGGAAGACUUCUUCGAUGCCGACGAGGUGCUGGAGGCCAUCGGCCGUUGCGGGUCCAUCUCGGAGUUGUAUGGCCCCAACCCCUCCAACAUGUUCCUGGGCGCUUUCCCUCAGCUGGCCUCUCUGAAAGCCGCCAGUGAGCAGCUCAAGGAUGCCGGCUCCUCCGUGGGCAAGGGCCUGGUCGUUUCUUCCACCACCAUUUCAGCCACCCCCCUGCCUGGGGGCCGAGAGGCUUCCCUGCAGCUAGUCCAAGGGGAAAAGAAGACGAGCAUCCAGGCAGAGGCUGCGUGGUUGAAGCCAGCUCCAGCAGCGCCAUCCCUCCCGGAGACCCAGGAGUCCCUCCUGCUGCUCCAGGGCCUCGUCCCCUUGGCUGCCUCCCCAGAGGCCCUGGCAUCUUCUGAGAAGGAAGCCCCGAGAUCGCCAGCCUCCUCCUCCGCCACAGCGCCUUCUUCGGAAGAGCGUUUCCUUGAGACCUGGCAGAAGCGUCGGAGGCAGUCAAGUCUCCCCCCUGAGGACAAACCGGAGCCCCCCAAGCCACGCUCUUUGCCGGCCUCACUGGUUGCCAGUUCCAUCCUGAGCGCCACCGUGGACGCUUCCAAGAGUGAGAAGAGCCUCAGCCGUGAGGAGCCGGCGCUGUCCAAGGCGAGCCGAGAGACUCACAAGCACAGCAAGUCCUCUUUACACUCAAGGAGCCAGAUCUCCUCUGAGGUCGUCAAGGGUUUCUUUCCCCAGCCAUCACUCAGCAGGGACAAAACCCAGUCGCAGACGGAGCCAACAGGCCCGCUGCUGCCCAAGCUGUCUUCUGGGUUCAUCCCCAAUUCGGUGGUUACUCAGCGGCUGCACAUCGCAGAACUUCCCUCCAGUGCGGAGGCGCUCGAGAGGGUGAGGGAGGCCCAGGAGGAGCCGCAGAGAGGCAGCUCGGUCAAGACGGCCGUUCAGGAUCAACAGCCUGGGACAGAACCAUCGACUGAGAAACUGAUCCACCUUUCCUGGUCUGGCACGGUGGAGAGCGCCACCAGUGUUUUCCUGACUCAGCUGAGUGAAUCUCAGUAUUCACUAACUGAGGCAAAGACAGAGGAAGAUAUUUCAGCCUUUUAUUCGUGCUUCAAGGAUGCCGACUGGUUCAAGCAGCUUUUUCCCAAGCGCUGCCCCCCUGGAAUGGGCCAGAUCGAGUUCUUGGCCAGGCUCCUGGCAGCCAUGCCCACGGCCGACUUCGGCACCAAAACCCAGCUGCUGGAGGCCAUCCUGAGCCUGGAGGAGGCCCUGGGGCCGGACAUGAGGGACAUGGUCUUCAGCACCCUGAUUGGCCUUCUGAACAUGAAGAACGGAGCUCCCUCCAUGCAGGAAGAGUCGGAGCAGAGGUUCAUCCUGGCUGCGCUGCGUGCCCUCCUGAUCCUGGACAAGGACAGCAGGGACCUGAUGGUGGAGCUGAUGAGCUACUACCUGCAGGCUCCACCUUUGUCCAGGUUUGCGAUUGAGGGCCUGAUGGAAGAGGUGGGCGUGCUGGAUCCACACCGCUAUUUCUAUGAAGAGAUGGACUCCUGGCAGGUGGAGGAAGGCAGCCCCAAAGAGGAGGUGCGGAAGGUCUGCUCUCUCUGGCUGGAAGGAGCCAUGCAGGAGUUCCAGGAACACCGAACUCUGAAGCACAAGCCGCCUCCCAGGCAUUCAUGUCCGCAUUCUCCAAAGGCCAAAGUGACUCACCCACGAUGGAGGGACACCCGGUCGGUGCGUCCCGUAGACGCCAUCAAUCAUUUUGCUGAAAAGCAGCUGGAGCGGCAGCUGGCGGACGAGGUGGCUGAGCUGCAGGAGAUGCCCAAAGACGCUGUCAUGGUCUUGCCCCGCAUCCAGAAGCGUCAGGCCAUCCUGCGAUUGGGGGAAACCAACGCCAUGCUGAGGAACAGAAUUCCAGAGCAUGGCGGCUUUUACUUCCCGUACAUCAUCCCGCGUUAUUUCUUGAAGGGGUUUGUGCCUUUUGUGAAACUUCCUUUGCCGAAAAUCAACCUGAACCCAUUCCCGUCGCGCCCUGAGAGGCUGGUUUCCCCAAAGACGUUCACUGAGAAGCAGCAAUCGGUACAGAAAUAUUUUAUCCCCAAGUUUUCAUACGCUGACAGCUACCCUUGAAGGGAGGCUGCUCCUGCCAGGAACCGGAGUGGACCUUCUGGCUUCCCAAGGAGAAGAGAGGCUCGGAUGGGGGGGCUCCAGCGCCCUGGUCAGAUGGAUGGUCAGAAACUGUCCUCAGCCUGCCCUCAUGGCCAUCAGCCGUGUGCCAUGGAGACGUAAGAGUGAGCAUAAGGGCAAGGCCCAAAUAAAAGCACA